AUGUCAAACGCAAAUAAUUAUGUUUGUUUAUGUGGAAAAAAACGAAUGAAAUUAAACGAUACAAAUUGGAAAAGACAUAUACUUGCAUGUGAUCUAGUAAAGUUAAAAAACACAAAAACAAUAAGUGACGUUUCAAAUUUUUUUAUAAAAAAACGCACAAUAGAUCAACUUAACGAUUUACCAAAAGAAGGUAUUACAACUGAUAUGCUUGGUGACAGUACCGCUGUAACAUUAAAACAUAAUUGUAUGGACACCAAGGGUCAAAGUGUUUUAAAUGAAGAUAAUAUACCAUCUAGUUCAACCUCAUGUAUUACAACUGAUAUGCUUGGUGACAGUACAGCUGUAACAUUAAAACAUAAUUGUAUGGACAUAGAUGAUCAAAAUAUUUUAAAUGAAGAUAUACCAUCUAGUCCAACUCCAUUUGGUGUACUUGAUGAUGAUUAUUUGCAAGAUUGUUCUACUGUUAGUCAAAAUAAUGAACUUCCAAUUCCCUCUUCUAACUAUAAAUUUCCUAACGAUCCAGCAAUUAUUUUAGAGACAAAUAUAUCUAGUAAUUUGUUGCAAUAUUUUUUUGAACUGGGACCAUGUCAACCAGGAGUAUUGGAUAUGCCCGCUAAUAAAUUUCCAAUAACAAAUGGCCGUUCAUUCCGCGAAGAGUACUACUUUAAAAAACUUCCUGAUGGAAAAAAUAUUAAACGUCAAUGGCUAGCAUAUUCACCAUCUAAGGACAAAAUGUACUGUUUUUCUUGCUUGCUUUUUGGUUUAGUAAAGACUAAAAAAAAUAAAUUUGUUUCAACUGGCACUCAAGAUUGGAAACAUAUUACUUUAAGAAUGUUAAACCAUGAGAUGGCAAAAGAACAUUUAGAGUCAGAAAUCAGUCGAGGUCAGUAUUCCUCUAAUAAUCGUUUAGAUGUCAGAUUCAGACUAACAACAAAUAACCAAAUCGCGGAAAAUAGAGAAAUAGUUAGAGUUAUAUUUGAAAUUCUAUUGUAUCUUGGAAGACAAAACAUAGCAUUUCGUGGGCAUGAUGAAAGCUUGACAUCAAAAAAUCGUGGUAACUUCUUGUCUCUAAUUAAAGUUUUGUCAAAAUAUCAUGCUCCUUUAGCUAUUCAUUUAAAUAAAAUUGAAAAUUCAUCAAAAAAAAAUAGAAUAACAUUUCUUUCUGGUCAGACACAAAAUGUUAUGCUUCAAAUAAUGAGUGAUUCUAUAAGAUCAGUAAUUUUAAAAAAAGUCAACGAUGCUAGAAUGUUCGCAGUUAUUAUAGAUACAACAACUGAUAUUUCCAAAAUGGAACAAUUCACGUUUGUCGUAAGAUUUGUAAAUGAUGAAGGAAUUGUAGAAGAAAGACUUAUCGCACUAAAAAUAGCAACGGAUGCAACAGGCCAUGGGAUGUUUCAACUAUUUUCUAAGAUUUGCGAAAAACAUGGAUUGGAUUGGAAAAAUAAUUUAUAUGCCCAAGCAUAUGAUGGAGCUGCAGCGAUGCAGGGGCAAUAUUCUGGAUUAAGAACACUUGUACAACAACAAUGUCCCCGUGCUAAAUAUAUUUGGUGUUGUGCUCAUGUUAUAAACUUGGUUAUAGUAGAUAUGUGUGAUUCAUGUUUGGAUACUCGUAAUUUUUUUGGAGAAAUUCAAGCAUUAGUUGAGUAUUUUGGAGCAAGAAAACGCACGGCUUGUUUUAUUAAUCACCAGAAACUGCAGUAUCCUGGUCAAGUAUGCCGAAGAUUGAAAUAUCUAUCUUCUACACGUUGGACGUCACAUGAUAGAGCUAUAGACGUCAUUUAUGAAAAAUAUACUGCUAUUGUUGAAAGUUUGGAGGAGUUAACAUUAUCAAAUGAUCGUACUACUUCAUCGCAGGCUAUAAGUCAGCUUAAAAAUGUAACUUCCUACAAAUUUAUUUUAAUGAUGAUAUUCAUGAAAAAGAUAUUUAAAAUUACAACUCCAGUUUCAGUAUAUAUGCAGUCAACUAAAUUAGAUUUCAUUGAAGCAAUGAAUUUAGUCGAUUCAGCUCAAAAACGACUCGAGGAAUUACGAAAUGAUUGUAAAUAUAAUGAAUUAAUUGACGAAGUAAAACAGUUUGUAAUACAUGAAAAGCUCGAGGAACAAGAUUUUCAAGUUGUCAGAAUUAGGAGAAAAAAAAGAAUGGAUGGAGAGAAUUUGCAUGAUGAAAUUAAUGAAAUUGCCAACACACCAUCUUUAUUAUUUAAAUUUCAAGUUUACUUUUUUGUGUUGGACACAGUCAGUACUGUUUUGAGUUCUAGAUACUCUCAAGCACGAGAAGUAUUAAAGGAUUUGAGUCUUUUAUCUGUGGAAAGAAUUAAGUCUUUUAGUUCAAUACAGGAUUUUCCUUAUGAUAGUUUUGAUGCUCUACAAAGUUGGAUUCCAGAAUUAAAUAUAGAAUCUCUUCGAACUGAAUAUUCAGCAUUCUGUAAUGCUUAUUCUUCAUUAACAGCUGGUUUAAAUCUUGGAGAUACGUUACAUGAUGCCCAAGAGUCUGAUGAUGAUUGGUCCACUAAUGAAAAUGAUGAUGAACAAGAACAUACUACUUGUAAAAGCAAUAAAGAAAAUACGGCAUCUAUAUUACAACUAUUAUCAAAAUUUAAUCUUACUUCAGCCUUUCCAAAUUUAUAUUUGGCUUAUAAAGCAUUAUAUACCAUUCCUUCUCGGUUAAGAUCCACAAUGUCUCAAUUAAGGCUAGAAAGUCUCAUCUUAUUAAACUGUGAAACUGAUAUAAAUGUAGACUUAAAUCAAGCCAUCAAUGAACUAGCCAUAUCAUCUACAUUUAUGAAAAAAACUUUAUUAUACUCAUAA